GUGCUGUCAGGCAGCCCGGCGUGCCAGCUCCGCUCCCCAGCUUCCACCGCCGCCGCUAUGUACUUCUGCAGGGCCGCCUCGCAGGUGCUGGCCUCCCGCCUAAGCAGGGCCCCCUCUGCUGCCAGCCGCCUCAAGCAGCGUGCACCUCUUCGCCAGAUGUCAUCUGGGAGCGUUCCUGGCUCUUCUGGAGAGAACAUGAUUUACUAUCUCCUUGCUGGUGUCGCUGCUUUUGGUGGCUUAUUUUAUGCCUACAGAGUAGUCAGUUCAUCCCGCAGCAACUAUAUCGAACAUAUGAAUAUCCUUCAUGAGAGAGCUAAGAGGCGGAACGCCAGGGGUGAUGAAGAAGAGACAGAUGAAGUCACUGAAGGAGAGACAGCCACGGAAGAGGCUGCUGCAGUAGCUGCUGCUGGACCUGCAGCACAGGAUGAGAGUUCUGGGGUAUCCCCAGGAACUGGAGAGGAGAACGACUUGCUGGCUCCUGAUGCAUCCCCUGCUGUGGAGGAAGCACAGCAGGAAGCUGCUGCUAAUUUGGAAGUUGCUGCUAGUUCAGAAGGUGCUGCAGUGCAAGAAACUGUGAGUGAAAUCUUGGAUGUUGCAGCUUCUUCUGCCCACGAGGAAAACUUAGACAAGGAAGGAGCAGCAGCAGCAGCAGCUGAAGAGAUUUCUGACACAUCCUCAAGGAGCGAGGAGGUCGAUGCUGAGGAGUCAAGGCAAACUUCAGAAGGUGCAGGAGUACAGCUGAAUGUUUCUGUGGAGGACAAGACACCUGAAGAAGCUGCUAAGGAACCCUAAAGUAAGCAGCGCUGAAGCCUUUGAAAAGUUUAAUGGCAAUAUUUGUGGCAAUCAACCAGCUGAUUCCUGUG